AAUGGCCACCUGGUUUUACUCGCAUAAUAUACUAGCUUAGCAGAAUCUAAACAUGGCAGAUAUUUCAGACAAUAAUAUUGUUAUAGUCACAGAAAAUGCUUUAGACAAACAUUACGAAUAUUUAAAAGACCCGUCAUCUUAUAAAGUCUACAAACAACGAUGGUUUCUUCUUUUUAUUAUAGCAGUAAUUAAUUUUACAAAUGCUUUGAUAUGGAUUAUGUUUUCACCAGUUACAGACCAAACAUCUGCCUAUUAUAAAAUAUCCUUUAUGGAUGUUAAUUGGUUAUCACUUGUUUAUCUUGUGGUGUCCAUACCUUGUGGAUUUUUUGCAUCAUGGAUGCUGGACACAUUAGGACUCCGUGCUAGUAUAAUACUUGCAGCUUGGCUUAACCUAAUAGGAUCAGCACUAAGAAAUCUUACAGUUGAUGACCUAGACUUCAUUCACCUCCCACAAGGCAGUCGUUUUCCUGUCCUAAUAAGUGGCCAGGUAGUUGCAGCUUGUGGCCAGACCUUUAUCAUGUUCACACCUGCUAAGGUGGCAGCUUUGUGGUUUGGAGAUAAUCAAAGAGCCAUAGCCACCACCAUUGCAACACUUUCCAAUCCUCUGGGAAUUCUAGCAGCCAAUAUUUUAUCACCAGCAAUUGUCAAAAAGCCACAAGACAUUUCCAUUAUGCUUUGGGUAUGCAGUGGAAUAAGUCUGUUUGGGGCACUACUAUCUUCCUUCUGUGUUCGGAGCUCUGUUCCACCAACACCACCCAGUCCUAGUGCUGCUUCUCAGUCAGAACCAUUUUUCAUUGGCAUUAAGAAGCUUCGAAAUAACCGUGCCUUUUGGUUGCUAUCUCUGUCAAUGGGAGGAGGACUUGCUCUGUUUACAGCUAACACAACAUUCUUGGAGCAGAUUUUAUGUCCACAAAAUUAUGAUAAUAAUUUUGCUGGACUGUGUGGGGCUUUGAUGAUAGGUCUUGGCGCUGUUGGUGCUUUUAUUGCUGGGUUUAUUGCUGACAAGACAAAGAAAUUCGCUGAAGUUACCAAAAUUGGUUUCUGCCUUAGCACACUGUGUGGAAUUGCAUUUGCUCAGUUGGCAAGACUACGUGGACAGGCUAUUGCAACUGCUACAAGUAUAACAAUGUUUGGCUUUUUUGGAUUUGCUGUGUACCCAACAUCUCUGGAGCUAGCAGUGGAGUUGACUUAUCCAGUUGCUGAAGCUACUAGUACUGGAAUCAUUUUCCUUUCAGGGCAAAUUCAAGGCAUCAUUUUGAUGCUGGUAGCUCAGUACACAGCUCAGCCUUUGACUGCCCAUGCCAGUACUCUGCCUAUGGCUUGCCCUAAUAGUGAUGAAUUUGAACCACAGGACUGGACCAUACCCAAUUUAAUUUGCAAUGGAUUGGGUGUGGUGUAUUGCAUGGUGAUAGUCCUUUUAUUCCAAGCUGACUACAGGCGCAUGCGGGCUGAAGAUAAAAUAAAAGCAUCCUGUACACUACAAGGAAAAAUGGAAAGUCCGGUGAAUCAAUAACUACUUUAAAAUCUAGUCAUUCAUUUUUAAAAGGUGUUUAAUUUCUUGUUUUUCAACAAUAUUUUGUGUAUUUGAUGGAACAUUAUGUUUACACAAUAUUAGUUUAUUUACAAAACUGAAUGACAAGCCACAACAUUGAGUUAUAAUUUAUGCCAGUAUUAAAUAUAAGUUUUGAAUUUAGCUUAUUCUUAUACUAAUUAAUUUAUUGUAAAUAGUGUUUAAAGUUUUAUGUAAUAUUAUCUUCCUAUAUAGAAAUAUACAAUUUUAAAAUGUUGUAAAUUAAAUUAUUCAGAAAGUGCCAUAUUUAUGUCUGCUUUGGUAUGUCAUAAUGUUUUUUUUUCCAAAUACAGUCCAUUUUCAUUAAAUUUAUGACAAAUAGUAUUUGAUUUUUUAAAUGAGGUAUUUAUAACUUUGAAAUGAUCUCCACAAUUAUCAUUGUAUUUUAAUCUCCCUACCUCCCCUGGUUAACUGCCUCCAAGUCAAUUUUCUUUUCCUGAUCAACUUUCUUCUGAUCAACGUUCUUCUGGUCAAUCUUCUCCAUCUGGUCAAUCUUCUCCUCCUAGUCAACCUUCUCCUCCUGGUCAAUUUUCUCCUCCUAGCCAACCUUUGAUAGCGUAAUUUCUUCUAAAUGGUGAACAAACUUAAUAUAAAACUGUUCAAAAACUAACUUACAGAGAUCAUGGCAGAUGAAUUAGGAACCUUAUAGACAGUAGAAAAUGUAAAUGCUUGACUGUUUGUGUGAAGGAAUUGAAGAAUUUACAGUUCUUUUUAUGCUGACUUGUUAAUGUUAUGUUUUAUACUUAUAAGUUUAAUUGUUGUAUAUUUAUAAAUAUUAUAAAAAUUGUGAUCUUUAAUUUUCUUUCUGAUUCUGAAAAAUCAUUUUGAAUAAUUUAAAUUUAUGAACUUUUCAAGACUGAUUGUAAAUUAAGUAAGGCCCAUAUCCGUUUUAAAAUAUAUUUAUCUCCUUUUGUGCUUGUCAUUUGUGUACAUUAUUGUACUCUUGUGUUUUCAGAAACCAGCAAUAAUUUCUGAUGAUCAAAUAAACACAAAACAAGACAUUGGUGUUGAGUAGCAAGUCUAAUAGCUCUCACAACUAAGGUCUUACUGUAGUACAUCAGAGAGUUGAGUUUUAUGGCCUCAUUUCUUUUUCAUACACUACCCUUGUUAUACAUUCCUGGUAAUCACAGUUUGACCCUCCAUUACUGUUCCUUCCUCACCUUUGGCUCUAACAAAUAACUCAGGUGUAAAGACUCAUUUUAUCCUUAAGGGUCAUGUAUAUGAAUUUUAGUGAACUUGUUAUCCUUUUGUAAUGAAAGCCUUAAUAGAUUUAUGACAUCUCCAAGCAAGUUUUCUGCAUCAAGAGGAAAGUCAUGUUUUGCACUUUAAUCCUAUUACAAUUAUAUUGUAAUUUGCACUCACAUACAGACCAGUCUAGGAUAAAAUGAAUUCAAUAUUUAAAAUAUUUGUUUUUAAUAUUAACUUUUGUAAAUGUUAACAAUUUAAUGUUGUCUUUAAAAGUUGUAAAUAUUGUUAUCUAGUUUUAAAAAAUUACUGCUAUGUUAGGCCUGGGUUGUGCAUAUAUGUAAACAAUGUACUAUGGCCGCUGCCACUGGUUUAUUUUUCUUUUAUUGGGAAUGAGUCAGAUUAUUUAUCAGUCUUUACAAGUCUUGAUUAUAUUUUUAGUUUUUUAUAUUGACAUUAAAUGCUCUUUGGUGAGUGUAGUAAUAUUAAUUGCUGCAAAUGAUAUGCAGCUGACUGUAAAAAUUCAAAAAGUAAAUAAGCAGCAGAGCAUUUGAAAGCAUUCAUAAUUUAUAUAUAUACACACACAUAUAUCAUACAUACAGUUAGGAACACUUCAGUCAUCUUACUGUGUGAGAUUUAUGUUAUAAUUAAGUGCCUCAAUUAGUAUUUAUUUGAGAAGUUGUUAUAGGAAAUUGUAUUUUACACAUGUUUUAACAAAUAAACUUUUACUUUGUUCAUAAAAUGUAUGCUAUAUACUUAUUAGAUAAUACCUUAUAAAAAUGUAUCAUUCUAUGUAAUGUUUAAUGUAAAAAUAUUUUCUUGCAAUGUGCACUAAUUUUUUUAGUCCUACAUUAUUAAGCUGAACAUCUUUUAAUAACUUUAUAAUUGUGUUAAUUGCUGAAUGGAUUGAUUGCAUUCAGAAAUCAAGUCUAUUUUUACAU